ACACCUGGGCCCCUGCUUCUCAUUUGGAUUUCCUAUGCCCCAUUCUUGGGCAAGUGCCAGUGUUCUAGAAAGGGGAGAGGGGGCCAAGUUCUAGAAUGUUUUUCCCUCUAGGUCACCCCUGGAACAUUAGAAGGAGCUUGUACAUCACCUGGGAAUAAAUUGCCAAAUGUUUGACUGAUUCCCACAGGUUGUCGCCUCUUUGCCUGCCUGCUCAUCCUCCCCUCACAGAGAUGCCUCCCCCCGCGGUGGUUUCUAAGACUCCAUAGACCCCUAGUGACUUUUCCCUCUUGCCGUCAUGAACCUGGCCCACACCGCUGUGCUCCUGUGGGUAUGGGGGAGCCUCCAGGCCUUUGAAAUCGUGGAGAAGGAGAACAUCUUUCAGAAGACCCCCUGCCCAGCUUUCCUGUUAUUUGACAACGCGGCCUACCUGGCUGACAUGAGCUUCGAGCUCCCUUGCCACUGCAAGCCGGAGGAGGUGUCCGCCGUUGUCUGGUACUACCAGGAACACCUGGGCAGCAGCCACACAAAGGUGCUGACAGACUUCGAUGGGCGGAUGCUGACCGAGGCAACCCAGGUGCGUGUGGGCAGCGACAUGCUGGUCCGCUUCAGCAUCCGCAUGUUCAACCUCUUGGUCUUCCGGGCUCAGCCUGAGGACUCGGGCUUGUAUUUUUGCGGCAGCAGGAAGGGGGACUACUUUUAUGCCUAUGAUGUGGACAUUCAGAGCAAUAAGAGAGUACUGGCCACCUUCCAAGACGAGGGUCAGGAGCCCUUUGAAGACCAGUACAGCGGGAAACUCCACAUCUUCACCACCUUCUGGGAGUGGACCCCCUGCGACCGCUGUGGGGUACGUGGGGAGCAGUGGCGCAUCGGCCUCUGCUAUGUGAAGAGUCCGGGCCUCUCCCCCCGCUUCCGUAAUACUCUACCACAGGUAGUCUCCUGUGGCUCUCGGGCUGUGCCGAGGACGCUUCAGGCCAAGACCAAGAACCACCCACCCGAGGUGCUGAUUCGGAGCUGCAUGGUGGCCUGUGAGAAGGAGAAGGAGAAGUCGGCCAAGAAGCCAGUGUUCUCCAUCUUCAACUAUGUGUCCAAAGUGGGCAGCCAGCCCUGGGUGCCCCAGGUACCCAUUCAGUUCCACCAACAGAUGCUGGGCCAUGGACUCAUCAUCUCCUGUCCCGGGGCUCGGCCGGAGCACGCCGUGGCCUGGGACAAGGACCAGCAGUACCUCUAUCGCACAGAGUUCCUGAAGGGCGUCAACAAGUCCAUGAGGGUGUUCAUCGACCAUGGCAACCACCUUCACAUCCGCUUUGCCCAGCUGGAUGACCGGGGCAUCUACUAUUGCUGGCGGCAAGGGGUGAAGGUCGCUGGGUUCCGACUGGGCAUGACAUCUCGAGGGAAAUACCAGGCCUCUCUGUCCGACCCUGAAACUCGCUCUGCUAUGACUCUCACCCUGAUGGGCUACCUGCUCGUCACAGCUCUCUUUGUCACUAUUCACCUCUGCCUUUGCUGCAAUUACUGGUUUUCCUGCUGUCCUAGUUUUGGCUCUAAUAUUCCUCUUCCUGGGCGCUGAAGACCAGUUGUACUUACGUGUGU